AUGACAAGGCCAGUGGAGGAGUCCCGCGACCGCGAGGGUGUCUCCAAAAGGCAUCACUCUUUUCCCUCUUCGUCUCUCAUCUCACUCUCUCUAUAUUCCUCGUUCCUCAUGACGAUUCACGCACUCUCUCUCCCUUUUGAUCAAACUCGUCGAGAGAGAGGGAUGGAUGGUGAAUCAGCGGAAGGUGGUGGAGUGAGGGGCAGAGAGACGCCAACCAGGAAAAGGGGGACCGUCGAACUUGCAGGCGAGAGAAGGUACAAAGGGAUUAGGAUGAGGAAGUGGGGCAAGUGGGUCGCCGAGAUUCGAGAGCCCAAUAAACGCUCUAGGAUUUGGCUCGGUUCCUACUCCACUCCCGUCGCGGCGGCGCGGGCUUACGACACCGCCGUUUUCUAUCUCAGGGGACCAUCGGCCCGGCUUAAUUUCCCGGACCUUCUGGAAGACGGCGGGGUUGGCGGAUGCGACUGCGACAUGUCGGCGGCUUCGAUUCGGAAGAAGGCGACGGAGGUUGGUGCCAGAGUCGAUGCGCUUCAGGCCGCUCUCCUCCAUCACCACCAUGCCUCGGUGGCGCCGGAGCUCAUCUCACGCAGCGCAGUCUCCGGAGCGGGCUCCGGGGGGUUUUUGGAGGGGGUUGAUCUUAACAAGAUGCCAGAACCCGAGAAUUCGGACUGCGACUACGAGUGAGAUGGGAAGCAGACUAGAAGCAGUAACCUAUUCUGCUAACAUUCAGCAUGAAGACAGAGGGCCGAUGGCUGAUGAAGCCCUCCUCAUCACCUCCUGGUCCUGGCUAGCGUUUUCUUCCAUGCCGAAGAAAUUUUGGUGUCGUUAGAAGAGUUGUUAAAUGUAAAUUAACUAAUUAGUAAUUAAUUAGCCUUCUUCUAUUUCGACGAUGGUUUUCGUUGUUGAAGAUGUUAGCAGCUUCUUGUCUCUUGAUGUGUGAAGAUUUGUUGUGGCUGAAUGUGUGAGUUUGGAAAUUAGGAUUCGCGGGUUGAGAAGAGGGGACAGGAGUGGCCUACAAGAGGGGGAGAAGGAGCCAUGUUACCCACUAAAGUGAUAACUACUAAAAGAGAAGCGAUAAGACCGAGAGAGUUAGGUGUUUGUUUUUCUCGUUGCGCUGUAGAUUCACAGUGCCAGUGGUCGCUGCUUCUGCUUCUGUUUUUCUUUGGGGAGGAUAACGACGCUGAUGGGGUCGCCUCAUCGGUUUUGUCGCCCUUCUCCUCCUAAUUCAACUUGCAUCUCACCAUUAACCAUAAGAA